AUGGCUCCCGUUAUUGUUCUUUCACCUACGCCUGGCUUAUCACCAUACGGAAGCGCCUUACACGAAAAGCCUUCUAAUUUAUUAUUAGUACCGCCUCAUAAAAAUUACUUUAGACGUUCUACUAACAGUCUUCCGGAUACCCUUAACUCAGAAAUGAAAUUAAGUACUGAAGAGAGUACCAUUUUGUUAAAAGAUAUCAGUAAUAAACCUUCUUCUCUAACUGAAACAAAGUGUGUAAAGUCAAAAACAAAUAUGUCACAACCUACUGCUCGACAACGUCCUUUCACGUGGUCAAGAAAAAAUGUUUCACCAACUCCUAACUCGGCUUCUUCACGACGAACUCAACUAGACACGUUACCUAAUUCUUUUGAAGAAAUUUUAAAUACAACUCAUAGAACCGAAAGAGAAGUUAAGGCAUCUCUUUCAAAACUCAGAAGAAUGAUCCUUUUAGAGGGUUUGCCCGAAGAGAAUCUUCCAAAAUUGGCCCCGUCUGUUCAAAACUUGAUUAGACCUACUUCUAUGCGUUCGAGUGUUUGGAAGCAUUUACUUGGUGUUUAUCAUGUAUCUGCCAAUGAAUACAUUCGCCUUAUUCAAAAAGGAAAGUCUUGUGUCUAUGAUAAAGUUCGAAAUGAUACGUUCAGGACUCUGGCUACAGAUAAAAAAUUUUUAGAACGAGUCAAUGAAGAUAUGUUAAUUCGUGUAUUGAAUGCUUUUGUCUGGAAAAUGAAACGUAAUUGA